AGGCGUUCAGCUGUGAGAUCCUUUCGGGGCCUAGCGGCCACGAUACCCGGGGGAAUCACGAGGGCUGAGAUUCUGCCUGUUUGCACAAACCUAGACAGGAGCAGUCGAGAUGCCGGAGUAGGGUUCCAAACACGGACCUUCAGGUCAGCGCAGUCCCUGAGUUUUUGUCAACUUCAUCUUCUACCGGAAACCAAAUUGCACGAAAUUAGUGAAAUACACUCGUUUUCAAGACAAACUUGGUUUUGCAAAAGAAUGAGUCUAUCCAACGUUCAGAGAUAUUGUCAAUGGCUUGAUAGUCAGUCAGCUGCGAACACGAGCCACCAUAAGUUAUGUGUCAAUCCAGACCUGAUACCAGGAAGAACAGUUGAGGCAUCUGAUGCAAAGAUCCAGCAGUCACCGGCCAGUCACCUGAGCGUCCAAUCGCCCGGACUGUCUGACAGUGCGCUUAUCGACGAUGGUUAUUCAUCCGUGUCGUCCUUAUCAACACUUAUUCAACUAAACAGAGAAAUGGAAGAUCGGGCUUUUAAAAGUACACCAAUCAGAUCAGGGAAUAUUCAACAGUCGGAAAGUACGUCGUCUAAUAGGGAUUCUGGACUUGGUGGAUCUUCCAUUUGGAGUACGAGCACACCAUCAAGGUUGAACACAUUUUGGGAUGCUUUUGGUAGGCACCAUCAUCAUCAUCAACAACAACAGGCUUUUGGAAGCCCUCAAGCACCAUCUUAUUCUGGUGUGAAUUCGCAACUUCUCCAGAAAAAUGCCCCAUCACCAUCCUAUACGCACUCAAUGUCAACCUCUGAUGCUUUCUUCUUGGCAACUUUACAAAAAAUGGCACUUGAAAAGGCUGCACAACAUGAAACAUUUGGUUCUGCGUAUCCCGACGCAAGCUAUAACGAUGAACUACUGAGUGGAAUUGUUGGUGGAACCUCAUCAAGGGAUCUUUUAAGAAGUGCAUCGAGAUGGUUACAAGAACUCAGAUACCAAGAAGUUAUUCGAAAAUUCAGAGAGGAGAUGAUUGGACUAAUAGAUAACAGUAUGAAUCAGCUGGGGUUAUUUAUGAAAAGCCCAACAGUAAACUAUCCCACUUCAACUAACCGGUCAAAUGGAGAUACCGACUGCAUGCCACUAAACCUGAAGUCAAAUACUUUGACCACAGAGCACAGAUUGGUGAAUUUCCCACAUACGAGCCAGACUUCGCUACAGCAAGCAGCCGAGGAUAUAAGGAUGAACCCUUCAAUGGAGAGAAACAGCCUGCAACAUAGAGUACCGACUAACUCUGUGGAGAAAAUACGUUCACCACAUAAAUCUGCGAAUCAAAUGGUGACGAAACCCAAAUUAUCCGCUGGCAAACAUCGACGCUCGAGGAUCCGAGCUGGAAGCCGUCGGCUUCGAGUUCGACAAACCAAAUCUCAUGAACAUCAUUACGAUGCAACGCAAUAUACUAGAAAAGACGGAACUCUGGACCUGCGGAUGAAGCAAGCAGCCGUAGGAAGUGCCUCAGAAAACCACCUAGAAGAAAUGCGUGAAAGGACAAUGAUUCUAUCAGCUUCUCACCUCAAGCGCGCCAAAAUGAUGUUUCUAUACGCGAGAUAUCCCAAUUCAAACAAUGAUUCUAUCAGCUUCCCACCUCAAGCGCGCCAAAAUGAUGUUCCUAUACGCGAGAUAUCCCAAUUCAAGUAUGCUCAAAUCGCAUUUCCCCGACGUCAUUUUUACAAGGGCCACCACAGCUCAAAUGGUCAAAUGGUUCAGCAAUUUCCGAUCGAAAAAUGGGCCCGCCAGUGUAACGCUAAUCGGUGUCCAGUCGAGCUGGCAGUAAAAAUCACUCGGGGUCACGAGCUAUUUCAGUGUCUAGAGGGACACUACAACAGAGACCAAGAGCUCCCGACCCCAGAGGAUUUUCUAGUCGUUACUCAAAUUGCUGUGCGGGAGUUCGUGGAGGCCGUGGUGAACCGGAAGGAUCGUGACCCAACGUGGAAGAAGAAUAUUUACAAAACGGGGGCUGGACAAGCACUGGAAAAGCCAUUUCCGGACUUUCUCAAGCUUCUCAACAUGAGGACUGGGAUAGUGUCAGGUUGCCCAAACCUACACAUGGGAAGUAGAGAGGCAGAGGUCGGGUUCGAACAACGGACCUUCCGGUCAGUAAAUUCACGCUCCAACCACGUGAGCCAUAUCGCCUUAGUGAAGAAGAAAGAAUUAAGCUGUGUGGCUCAACAUCGUAGGCGCAGUCUCCGAGUUUCCGUCAACCCUAUGUUCCACUUGAACACAAAUAGGACUGAUUGCGACCAAUACACUCAUUCGCAAAUCAAUUCAGUUGUCGGGAAAGACUCAACUGAAUCUCUCGUUUAUGAUAUUCUACAACUGAAUCAUACGUGCAAGAUUCCGACCACUAAUCCUAUGAUUUGCAGGUCCUCAGGUAUCAGGCUCCCCAUACAAAAUUUCGAGUCACGCCAAAAUGAAGGACUAGGUGCUCUUUACACAAAAGUGGGCACACUUACACAACAAACCUCAGUUGUCCACGGUCGUGGCGCAAUUGACCGGCACAGUGCAGUAUCAAAGUCCGCUAAACAGACAACGUCUCGUGAUUCUGAUUGGCGAUGUGAUAACACCACAGGACAAGUCAGAGAAGGUUCAAUAGACGGGGGGAGGCAUGAAAACGUACGGUGCACAGUGCCGGCCACUGACAGAGUUGCUGAUGAGCUGAUGCUGAGGGUUGACUGUGCACGACUGUGCACACGGUACCGUAGAUCUUCGCACCCAAUUCUUCCUUUAGAUAUUAGGGAUCAUCAAACCUACACGUCACCCGAAAUACCGUAUCGGGAAUCUCAACAAGAACAUUGUUGCACAGUGCCGGCCACUGACAGAGUUGCUGAUGAGCUGAUGCUGAGGGUUGACUGUGCACGACUGUGCACACGGUACCGUAGAUCUUCGCACCCAAUUCUUCCUUUAGAUAUUAGGGAUCAUCAAACCUACACGUCACCCGAAGUACCGUAUCGGGAAUCUCAACAAGAACAUUGUUGCACAGUGCCGGCCACUGACAGAGUUGCUGAUGAGCUGAUGCUGAGGGUUGACUGUGCACGACUGUGCACACGGUACCGUAGAUCUUCGCACCCAAUUCUUCCUUUAGAUAUUAGGGAUCAUCAAACCUACACGUCACCCGAAAUACCGUAUCGGGAAUCUCAACAAGAACAU